ACAGUCUCUCCUUGUCUCCGUCCUUGGAUGGUGAUGAUGAUGUCUCCUGUCGUUGGUCGUCUGCUGCUGCUCGUCUGCUUGGCCUUGCCUCUGUAUGGCGUGGAAAAGGUGAGAAACAGAGGAUACCGAAAGGAUCCCGAUGCUGAUAAGUGCGCUGGUGGAAAUGAUGCAGAAAAGCCCAACUGUACUAAACACUCUGAAGACGAAGAAUCUACUUUUUUAAGAUUUAAGUAUGGCAGCUGUUUACAGGGACCAGCAGGCACUCCAGGCAGGGACGGUAACCCAGGGGCCAACGGCAUUCCAGGGACACCAGGCAUCCCUGGCCGUGAUGGGAAUAAAGGUGAGAAGGGCGAGUGCAUUAGCGAGGUCUUCGAGGAACCCUGGAGGCCAAACUACAAGCAGUGUGCCUGGAACUCUCUGAACUAUGGGAUUGACCUGGGUAAAGUGGCUGACUGUACGUUCACCAAGAUGCGUUCAGACAGCGCCCUCAGAGUCCUCUUCAGUGGCUCCCUGAGACUCAAGUGUAAGAAUGCAUGCUGUCAGAGAUGGUACUUCACCUUCAAUGGAGCAGAGUGUACAGGCCCCCUGCCUGUAGAAUCAAUUAUCUACCUGGACCAGGGCAGUCCAGAGCUGAACUCAACCAUCAACAUUCACAGAACGUCCUCAGUUGAAGGCCUGUGUGAGGGCGUUAAAGCAGGGUUGGUGGAUGUGGCCGUGUGGGUGGGGACCUGCGCCGACUACCCCAGAGGUGACGCAUCUACAGGCUGGAACUCAGUUUCCAGGAUUAUCAUAGAGGAACUGCCUAAAUAAAAAAAGGAAGUGGUGUUGGUAGAAGAAGAUAAGAGCAUGUUAUACCACCAUCCAAAAUGAUCAGGUGUGGUUUUUGCUGAGGCGUGGCAGCAUCACUGAUGGUAGCUUGAACGUUCUAUUUUUAUUUUUAUUUCUUUAUACAUGAUUACAGUGUUACAAACAUUUUUUUAUUGUUUCAUUCUGUUGAGUGGAAAUAAACAUUGUACUGUAGCUUUUCAGCUUAUGGCGACUGUUACAAUUCAGUGACUUAAUCACCAGACGCUGCGACGAGACAUUGACAUUUUAAAGUACUUAUUCUUGCGUCCUGUCUGUUGUUACAAUAUACUUGAUAAUAAAGAUGUCUGUUUUUCUAUACGUUUGGCAUCACUGCGACUACUUUUAGUAGUUUGAAAUGCAAUUCAUGAAAGUUAUGUUUGGGAUCACGAAAGUAAGUGUUGUUUACUAUGAAAUACAAAGUUGUUCAAAGUUCAUUAAUUUUAUAUGCAUAUCUGUUGUCAUAAUUAUAAUUCAUAAAAAAAAA